AGAGACAGAGAGAUGGAGACGUGACGUCCUUCGUUUGAUCCGAGGGAGGGAGAGGGCAGCAGCUGGAUGUGAUCUGAGACUGAGAGGGAGAGGAAAAGAUAAUGAGAGAUUGAAUUCUUCUCACCUUCUCUCUUUGAUACUCUUCCUCCCUCCUGUCUCUCGCUCUCUCUGUCUCCCCUCCUUCAAACAAAAGCCAUCGAAGAAAGUGUCUUCUGACAAGAUUUAAAGGGUCUGUCCCUGAAAUUUUGAUUGGGUUUUUCCCUUUCUUUUCUGAUUGGUUUCGCGCUGGAAGAUAUGUCGACGCAGCCGAAGCCGAAAAGGCUUUAUCAAGUUUGGAAGGGAAGCAAUAGGUUCUUCUGUGGCGGAAGGCUGAUAUUUGGUCCAGAUGCUGCUUCAUUACUUCUAACAACACUUCUAAUAUCUGGCCCAGCAAUAACAUUUUGCUACCAGAUAAUUGCAAAAAUCUGCCAAUAUGAGAAGACCAAGGGCCAAGAUGAUCAAAGGCCAAUACUUGGGUAUCCAAUUCUAGUGGUGACAAUAGUCAUCUUGAUAUUGGAUUUGGUUUUUCUCUUCACUACAUCCAGUAGAGAUCCAGGUAUAGUACCGAGAAAUGCACGACCACCUGAAGCAGAUGAAGCAUUUGAUAUGGCUACUCCAUCUAUGGAAUGGAUAAGUGGGAGAACGCCGCAUUUAAGAUUGCCUCGGACAAGGGAAGUUCUUGUUAAUGAUUUUGCUGUAAAAGUAAAAUACUGUGACACAUGCUUGCUUUAUCGCCCACCCCGUGCUUCUCAUUGUUCAAUCUGCAACAACUGCGUUCAAAAGUUCGAUCACCAUUGUCCCUGGGUUGGUCAAUGCAUUGGACUGAGAAACUACAGGUUCUUCUUAUUAUUCAUAUCAACAUCAACAUUUCUCUGCAUAUAUGUCUUCAUCUUUUCAUGGCUGAACAUUAUUGGAGAAAAGAAAAGGCAUAAUUUGUCCAUUUGGAAGUCCAUAACAAGAGAGAUUCUGUCACUUGUGCUCGUUGUAUACACUUUCAUUGCAGUCUGGUUUGUCGGCGGGCUCACAGUUUUUCAUCUCUAUUUAAUUAGCACAAAUCAGACAACCUAUGAGAACUUUCGAUACCGUUACGAUAAGAAGGACAAUCCAUAUAACAAGGGUGCCUUGGAAAACUUCAAAGAAUUGUUCUUCUCAAAAAUCCCACCUUCAAUGAAUGACUUCCGGUCAUGGGUGCUUGAGGACACAGCAGAAAUUGGAUCCUGUACGCCAAAUACUGGAAUGGACAUCACCAACCCAAAGGACAGGAAUGACAGAGAAAUGGAAAGAAAGACAGACAGCAAUUUGCCAAUACCAAGAAUGUUACAGAGCUUGGAUUACGAUACCAUCGAUGAAAAUUUAAACUGCAAAGAUAGGCACCGGGAUGAUGCGGUUGAUCCUUUGGCUCUUCAUGUGAUUCAGGAGUCUACAGAUCGAGGAGCAGAUGCUGUAAAUGAAUGGGUUGAUAAGGAAGUAAUUGAAAUGGUUGUAGAUGAGAGGGCUGAUAAGGAAAGCUGCUCAAAUGGAACCUCAACUCCUAUUGAUCAUGUUGUUCAUGUGCCACAUAUAUGAGAUUUAGCAAAGUCAUUCUUCCAGAAGUUCAGAUACGUGUGUCAAGUUUUCAGGUGCUUAAAUGCCAGAUAUUGGAUCUUGUGGAUGUGAAUAGGCCCCUAAUGUUCAAUCUUGUCAAGGUUGAUCUCCAAGACGUGUUGUUAUAGAUCCUGAAGAAGGAAAAACAACAGAUUCAUUCCUCUGUUCAAUUAAGUUCAAAUUUUAAACUCGCAUUUGUUGUACCUAGUAAGCACCACAUAUUGAGUUCAAAAUAAUAGAGGCACCAAAACAAUAGGGAUGUUAGAUGCGGUGCUGAAAGGUGGUUUUGUUUAAAUGUAAAGAUUGCUUUGGCACUUAUCAGGGAUCUGUUGUAUUUAUCUUGUAGAUAAGCAAGAACUGUCGGUUAGUGAGCAAGAUAACUACUGAUCAUAAUCUCGUUUUUGGGAAA